AUGCCUGGGCAGCGAGGGGUGGACUCGUUACCAGCUCCUGUGGCUGCGAGUAGCUUCAACCGCUUCUUUCCUGGGCAAGCGGUUUUAGUCUACAGCAACUCCGUGGGAACCUGGGUCCGCGGCACCAUCGCUGAGAUCUUUGAUCAAGCCUGUGUGGCUGAUGGUUACUCCAUGCCGGCAGGGUGCAUCAAGGUGGCACUCGACAACGAUAGCGUCAAGUAUGUUCAGCCUGAGCAGGCAGCGGAAGUGCUUCGUCCUGCGGAAGAUCUACCCCCGGCUCCGGUGCCGGCUGCGCCAGAGCCACCCCUCCCUCGGUCCGCACAGGAUCGGAGCAACCCUGCGCCGACAGGCCGGGCUGAUGCAGGUGCCGCGCGGUUAGAGGCACGUGAUCGCUGGAACACCUACGAAAUCCGCCUGCAGGAGAUCUUCAUGGAGUAUGACAGGGACAACUCGGGUGCCUUGGAAGUUGAAGAGUUCCGUGCGCUGUUGCGGGAUUUCAACGAAGGCCGGGACCCCACAGAAGAGGAGCAUGCAUUCAUGAUGAAGCUGUCUGACAAGGAUGGCGAUGGCCGAAUCAGCUUGGGGGAGUUGCACUAUGCCCUCCGUGCCUGGCACAGCUAUCGUCAUAUGGACGAUUCCCUUCUUCGGCUCUUUGCCGAGUUCGAUUUCGAUGAGUCGGGACACCUCUCGGUAGUGGAGCUGGAGCGGUUGCUGACAGCCAUGAACGGCGGCAAGCCCGUCCCCCGGCACGAGGUGUUCCGUGUGAUGCAGGAGGCAGACACACUAGGCGACCACGUCAUCCACCGAGCCGAGCUUUUAGGAGCCAUCUCGGCGUGGUACGGCAACGUGGACCGCAAGGACACGGACUUGCCGAGUCUGCUACGAGAGGCGCUGGCCCGCACCAUCCAGGACGCGGACUAUUCAGGAGCAUUGGAUCAAGGACGCAACGCCUUUGGUGUGGCCGCGUCGAUGGUGAAGGGCUUCGUUGGAUAUUCGCAGGUGGACAACGACGGCCAGCAUCAACCUUUGGCCGGCGCGUCUUGGCCGCCCCCAGCCCAAAGCAGUGCCAGUGGCGCGGCGCUCCCAAUGAUGUCAGAUCCGAGCUUGUCCCAGCAGCCGGUGACCUUCCGAAUGGUGAAGGCCAUGCCGCUCCUGCUCAGCUCCUGCAGCAAGUUCUGCUAUGUGGGCUUUCCUUUCAUCUUCGGGAUAAUUCUGGUCUUCGCCGGCUGGGAGCACAGAGACAACGUUUGCCCCCGCAACUUGGAUGGUAUUCUGAUGUGGUUUGGCUUCCUCGUCUUGGUGUUCAGUGGCUUGGCCUACGUCACGGACCCCAACGCUGUCGUCGGUCGCAUUGCAGUGCUGGUGAUCCUCGUGGUCUUGAAUGUGGUUGGUUUUCUUUGGACAACCGACCCUGCGGUAGACAGGAGAAAGGGCGCUUGUGGCAUGUCACUUGUCUAUUUCAGCUACCUUGUUUGGAUCACAGUGCCAAUUUGCAGCCUAGGCUACCUGGGUUUCCUUGUUGCAACCCACGUCAAGAAGCUGCAGCGCAAGGCUGGAGUGUCUUUUGGCCUCUCAGCCGCCGUCGUGCGCCAGCUCGCCCGGUCGGGCCGCCCGGUCGGGCCGCACAGGAUGAGCACCUUCAGAACGAGGCGCUCGGGCUGUGCCCAGAUUUCAAUAUCAAUUAGCUUCAUCCUGGAGUUGAAAGGUGGAAGCUCCUUGAUCAUUGCUGUUGCCCUGGCCUGCGCUUUGCUGGCCUCUCGCGCGUUCGUCUCCGCGCCUUCAACUGCUUCCCGACUGCCAGAGGUCGAUGCUCGGGUGCUUGGCGCCACCUUCGCCGGCCUCGCCCCACUAGCGGUUGAACAGCCAGCCAAUGCCUAUGACAGCGUGGUUGCCAUGCUCCAGAGCUGGCUCGUAGGUGGCAUCUCCCUGGUUCUGAUUUAUGGCGCAGCCCUGGUCGCUGCCGUCGCAAACCCAUUGACGAAGAGGCGGCUGGAGGUCCGCGCCGAGGCGCGCGCCUUGUCGGACGCGAGUGGUUCAAUUUCCUGUGUGAAGAUUCCCGAAUGGCAAGGAAUCACAACCAACAUGGCAAGGAUGUUUCAGAUGACCCCAGCGUUCUUCGUUUGCACACCCGGGCAAGGCACGCCACUCAUCCUGCUGGCCCUCGGCGCAUUGCUCGCAGCCCGCUUCCCAGCAGAGGACUGGCGAGCCCAGUAUGAUGAAGCUCCUUGGGCGUUCGUGUCCGCGCCGGCUGCAAGAGCCGCGCCAGUUGAGGUUGAUGGCCGUGUUCUUGCGGCCACCUUCGCCGGCCUGGCCCCGCUGGCCGUCGAGCAGCCUGCCAGCGCCUACGACAGCGUGGUGGCCAUGCUCCAGAGCUGGCUCGUAGGCGGCAUUUCCCUGGUUUUGAUCUACGGAGCCGCCUUGGUCGCGGCUGUGGCAAACCCCCUGACAAAGAGGCGCUUGGAGGUGAGGGACCAGGUGGACGCCAUGCGAAAGUGA